UGCAGGGUGCGGCCGCUCAGCCGCUCGGACCAGGAGUGCUGCAUCGAGGUGAUCAACGAGACCACGGUGCAGAUCCACCCGCCCGACGGGUACCGGAUAUUCCGCAACGGGGAGUACCGGGAGACGCAGUAUUCGUUUAAAGAGGUGUUUGGUACCAGCGUUGUUCAGAAGGAGCUUUUUGACGUGGUGGCUAAACCUUUAGUGGAAGAUCUCGUCCAUGGGAAAAAUGGUCUCCUUUUUACCUAUGGUGUGACAGGCAGCGGGAAAACCCACACCAUGACAGGGUCUCCUGGUGACGGAGGGCUUCUCCCGCGGUGUUUGGAUAUGAUCUUCAACAGCAUAGGACCAUUCCAGGCCAAGCGAUUUGUUUUUAAGCUUGAUGACAAGAAUGGUGUGGAUGUUCAGUGUGAAGUAGAUGCUCUAUUAGAGCGCCAGAAAAGAGAUGCCAUGCCUGUUCCAAAAACUCCAUCUGGAAGGCGACAAAUCGAUCCAGAAUUUGCAGAUAUGAUCAAUGUGCGAGAUCACUGCAAAGUGGAAGAGGUUGAUGAAGAUAAUGUCUACAGCAUCUUUGUCUCCUAUAUCGAGAUCUACAACAACUACAUCUAUGACCUCCUGGAGGAAGCUCCCUUUGAUCCCAUAAAACCCAAACCCCCACAAUCCAAAAUGCUUCGUGAGGACCAGAAUCACAACAUGUACGUCACAGGAUGCACAGAAGUAGAGGUGAAAUCUACAGAGGAAGCUUUUGAAGUGUUUUGGAGAGGUCAAAAGAAGAGGCGUAUUGCAAACACGCAGCUGAAUCGAGAAUCUAGUCGCUCUCACAGUGUUUUUAUUAUAAAGUUGGCCCAGGCACCCCUGGAUGCGGAUGGAGACAAUGUGCUACAGGAGAAAGAACAGAUCACUUUAAGCCAGCUGUCCUUAGUUGAUCUGGCUGGAAGUGAAAGAACUAAUAGAACAAAAGCGGAAGGGAACAGGCUGCGAGAAGCAGGUAAUAUUAAUCAGUCACUGAUGACUUUAAGAACAUGUAUUGAAGUUCUACGGGAAAACCAGUUGUAUGGAACAAACAAGAUGGUUCCGUACAGAGAUUCCAAACUGACUCAUCUCUUCAAGAACUAUUUUGAUGGUGAAGGCAAAGUGCGUAUGAUUGUGUGCGUUAAUCCGAAAGCUGAGGACUACGAGGAAAGCUUGCAAGUCAUGCGCUUUGCAGAAAUGACCCAGGAGGUUGAAGUUGCAAGACCUGUGGAUAGACCACUCUGUGGCUUAACGCCAGGACGGCGCUUCAGGAAUCAAGCCUUCAGAGAGGAACUAAAUUGGUCUGUUUCGGAGACGUUUUUGCAGAGCUUUCCUCCAUUGCCUUCAUGUGAGCUAUUGGAUGUUAAUGAUGAUCAAACAAUUCCAAAGCUUAUUGAAGUCCUGGAAAAGCGCCAUAAACUACGACAAAUGUUGUCAGAGGAGUUUGCCAAAAAUGUGCUUGCAUUUAAAACAAUGCUGCAAGAAUUUGACUCCAGUGUUGUAUCCAAGGAGAACUAUAUUCAAGGAAAACUGUCUGAAAAAGAGAAAACAAUAGCAGGGCAGAAAACGGAGCUAGAACGCCUGGAGAAGAAAAUUAAAACUUUGGAAUACAAGAUUGAGAUUUUAGAGAAAACUACAACAAUUUAUGAAGAAGACAAGCGUAAUCUUCAGCAAGAACUAGAAAGCAAGAGUCAGAAAUUGCAACGUCAGGCUUCUGACAAGCGUAGGUUGGAGGCACGAUUGCAAGGCAUGGUGGCAGAAACAACCAUGAAAUGGGAGAAGGAGUGUGAGUGUCGUGUGGCGGCAAAGCAGCUGGAAAUGCAGAACAAACUUUGGGUCAAAGAUGAAAAACUGAAGCAACUGAAGGCCAUUGUUACUGAACCAAAAAAUGAAAAGCCAGAGAGGCCUUCGCGGGAGAGAGACCGAGAAAAGCCUGUUCAGAGAUCAGUGUCUCCUUCACCAGUACCUACUUCUAGUAACUGUAUUACUCAGGUCCCUAACAGCCAGCGGCUCGUGAGCAACCCGCAGGUGCCCAGGCGUUCUAAUUCUUGUAGCAGCAUUUCUGUGGCAUCCUGUGUUAUGGAGUGGGAGCAGAAAACCCCUUCGCACAAGCAGACCAGUGGCACUUCUAAUGCAAGGAGUAGACACCAAGAACCAGGACAAAGUAGAGACUAUAACACCUCAGACAGAAGGCGAGGGAUGUGCUUCACUGGAGUCAUUGAGGUUCCCAGCCCUAGAGAUGAGCUAGAAAUAGAAGAGGAUCGAUGCUGCAGGGGUGAUGUUUUCAAAACCAGGGGUGGCGGACAGGCUGUGCAGUUCACAGAGAUAGAGACUCUGAAGCAAGAAUCUCCAACUGGCCGAAAGCGAAAAUCGUCACCUUCCCAUCCUGACCCACUGGAGGAUGCCGCAGACUCUGAAUGGACGGAUGUAGAAACCAGAUGUUCCGUGGCAGUGGAGAUGAGAGCAGGAUCAGCUCUUGGACCUGGAUAUCAGCAUCAUGCUCAGCCCAA